AUGCAACUCAGCUGCCUGUGCAGCCUGGCUCUGUUAUCCCAGGUCACCUGGACUGCCUGUUGGAUGAUGUGGGUGAACAACUGCCUUCCAAUAAUGAUGUAUUGCCUGCAACACCUUCUAAACCUCAGAAAAGUCAGGUUGGAACAAUGGAAUGGCACAUUCUUUGAGGAAUCAUCCCUGCAGCUGGCCAGUUUGGUACUGCAUGUUGGGCAUGGUGGGAAGCACUGCCCAGCUGGUGGUUGUUCAAAUGAUGAAGUCAUAGCUGAGGAGGAGGAUGAUUGGGAGGAUAUGCCCUGGGGCAGAGGAUUCACACAUACAGCUGAAGCAGGCUGGGAUGUUUCCUGCUACCACAAAGGCUGCAAGGACUGCAUUUACCUUCCAAGACAAUGUGGAAUGUGGUACCUCAGCAAUGAAUUUCUACAGCAAACUUUGCUGCAUAACCUCCAAUGCCUUUCCUCAUCUGGUGCCAGGAGCCUACAUGAGUGCAGAAGAUGCUGGCCCUGGGGAAUUAGUGUUCUUCUGUCCAGCAUGUCCUCAGCCCAGCACAACAUUCCUGAAGAUGAAACAGAUUAUUCCCAUUGGACACUGGCAAGAAGCUUGGUCAUGGAUGGGAAUUUCAAGGCAGAGCAUAUGCAUCCAAAGGAUGCUGGCAGUGAAGCCUGGUUGAUGGAUGGAAAGGGGUACAUGGUUGCAUCACAGCCAUACAAGGAAUAUUUGAGCAGCACUAAAAAUGUGGUUGAGGUUAACAUGGACUAUGUGCUUGUGCAUGCCAUCAGGCAUGGCACAGUCCCUGGCCAGCAAGUGAUACAUUUCUAUGAUAUUAACUGCCAGUAUAGCAAAGGUUUAGAACAACAGCUACAUGCCAAUGCCUAUAUAUCCAUGCCAGAUGGCAUGCAGAUCUGCCCUGGCAUUGGGUUGUGGCAUGUUCAUGGCCACCACACAGAAUGCUUUCCACAGUAUGCUCCCAAUUUCAUUGUGGGUGCUGGCUGGGUGGAUGGGGAGAUCAUGGAAACCUUGUGGUCCUCCCUGAAUAUCAUUUCCCCAUCUGCUAGAGGCAUGGCUACUCCCCAUCGGCAGGAGGCUACAGCAAUGAGACUCAAGCAGAAACUCAAGGUUGCUGAGGAAUCUUAUUUAGUGGUUGAAGGCAGGUUUGCUGAUUUGAAUGGUAAUGUCCCACUGGCAAUCAGCCAAUCAUGGGGGGAAGAAGCAGCAGCAGCAUUGGAAAACUGGCUGUCAAGGCCACAGGCCAUGGAUAUAUAUGAGGUCAGGCUGCAGAAAGGAUUUGUGCUGAGUGGUAUUGAAGCUCCCUCUGCAAAGGCAAUCAAGAUAGAUUUACUGGCCAUCCACCAGCCAGGGCAUUUGCAAGGUAUGGUGACCUGGAUUGCAAAGGCAUUGAAGAUAGAGGAAGCACAAAUCCAGCUGACAGUGGCAUGCCAGCACAUCACCUCAAGAGCAACAGAAGCUGAAAAUCUCACCAUUGCAUGUCACCAUGAUCAUCUCCAGUCCCAUAUACACAGCAUUUUUGACACUGCCAAAAAACUAUUUGGGGACAGAUUCAAGGAUGCUGAGCUGUGCUGGUCAUCUAACCUGCAUGAUCCAGAAACCAUUGCAUUGCCACUGCCAUCCAAUGUUGGCAAAGAUCAUUUUGAAUGA